CCUGUGACUAACGCAGAGCAAGAAGACGCUCCUCUCGCUAUCUCGCUGCUGGGCGGAUUGAUACUCUGACACGUUUUCUUGUCAGGAAAAAGACUGAACUGCUAAAUUUAGAAGUCUAAUACUCUGUUUAAGAGUACAUCAGUGGUUUAAUAAGCUAAAUAAGGCGCUGGUCCUGUGGCAGCUUGUGUAAGUGAUCCGGUAUUGCGCUUCUGAUUAUGCGUCUAUGAUUUGUAUGUGCGUCAUCAUGGCGGCCAUGUCGAGCAUCGUUCUGGUGUGAAGCAAUUACUUCUGCCUGCAAAGUACCUAGAAGAAUUCGGAUUGCGAUCUUGUUGUUGUUGCGGUUUUCCUGGUGUGUGUUGUGUUUUACAUCCCGUCUGGGGGUUUAGCCACCGUGUCUUGUAACAGUCUUAUGGAAGCUGCUAAUGCUAUGGAGUUUGUACACACACUUCGAUCUGGUUUGGUCUUUCACAGGUUGAAGACAAGUGUCUUAUACAGGCUUUAUUCCGGCCUGUAUUCCCUGGAUAGCCUCUGGAUUUACCUCAGUCCCGAGAAGGAUAAAACAGUUAUUGAAGAUGAAUGAAUGUCUAAUUUUUUUUUCUUCACCUUAUCUCUGUGUCUACCUCGAGGAUAUUCCCUUCUUGGUUAUUGCACCAGAUAAUGUCUCAGGCCUUGGGAUAUCUUGCUGAAGUGAGAUGCUAUUUGAAAAGUUGGAUUUGGUUUUGAAUUCAAAGGUAAGUCUGAUGUGGUGGAAAUGGCAUCAUGAAAUAACUGAAUUCUUCAAUGGAAAAUUGACCGGUUAUGUGCUUUGGAGAACCACUGAAGUCUCGGACAUGGUGAAAUGGGUGAAUGGGAUUUUUGUGGAAUGUCAGUCUUUGUAUUCAGUUUCACUUGUAGCAGGAGACGGUGUCGUGGUGUGUCAUCUGAAUGAACUUUGACAGAAUGAUGUGAUUGGUGUGAUUGUGUUAUAACACUAGGAACAGUCUAGUAUCAUUGACGGAAAUGGGCGGCGUAUUGAGCAUGAGGAAAUCGCAAAGGUGCUGUUGUGUGUGCCAUCAUGGCAGUGGUCAUCCGCUUACAGGGACUUAGAAUCACAGCUGGUUCAGAGGACAUUCGCAAUUUCUUCACUGGCCUUAAAAUCCCCGAUGGUGGGGUUCAUAUAAUUGGCGGCGAACUCGGGGAAGCGUUCAUAAUUUUUGCAUCUGAUGAAGAUGCAAGACGGGCGAUGAGUCGCUCAGGAGGAUGCAUUAAAGGCUCUCCUGUCAACUUGCUUUUGAGUAGCAGGUCAGAGAUGCAGAAGGUCCUCGAGGAAAGCACAAGAAAAUCUGAAACGGUUAACAGGAGAAAUUACAAGGAGGUUGUCAAAAGACCAGGAGUCAAAGGAGGACCCCCGUCACCAAACGAGGACAUUCAAGUAGAUAUGCGAAGAGGAGAUAAUCAAAACAUGGGAAUUAGACCUCUUCUAGCUUUUCCUAAUGACUCUCGGUCUCAGAGGAAAGAAAGAACUAAAGAUAGCAUCUACUUGUACUUGUCUGGAAUGCCAUUCUCAGCAGCGAAGGAGGAUGUUCGUGUCUUUUUUGAAGGUUUGCAAAUCGAUGACCUAAUUUUCAUGCGAAACAAUUAUGGAAUGUUUAAUGGUUGUUGUUUGGUCAAGUUCAGAACCAGAGAGGAUACCAUUGAAGGUCUGAAGAAGGAUCGGGAAUACAUUGGGCCACGGUACAUUAGAGUAAUGCCGGCUUCGGAGCAUCAGUGGGUCAAAUCAGGGGGUUCAGUUAAUCCAGAAGGGACAAGUCCGAGAAGACACGUCUCAUCGCGCUCAAAAUCUCGCUCUCCUAUUCGCCAUCGGUCUCAUUCCCCUUCCAAUGAAGAGUUUGGUGUGUUGUAUGAAAACCUCUCAUAUUCAGUUGAAAAGCGAGAUAUAAAAGCCUUACUCCAUCCCGUGUCUUUGACAGACGACCAGAUCAGUAUUGUUGUUGAUAACCAUAGUAACAGGAGCAAAUCAGCUAUUGUGGUGUUCAAGAAUCUAAAGGAUUAUUGUUCUGGCCUGGCUCACCAUAAGGAGACCUUUUUGCACAGUGUUAUUUAUGCGUCUCCUGUCUCCAAAGAAAAGAUUGCCACUAUAUUUGAGUCUACUCAGUACCCAAGAAAAGACCACAGAAGUUCCAGCAAAUCAUCUGAGCAUUCACAAAAGAGUGUGUAUGACUCUGAAAGACGAUGCAUAUAUGUUCGCAACCUGCCUUUCGAUGUCCGGAAAGUAGAGAUCAUGGACUUCUUCCAUGGAUUCCAGCUUGCAGAAGACAGGCUUUUCCUGCUCCAUGAUGAGCGAGGAGCCGGACUUGGGGAGGCGUUAGUGGUUUUUCAGACAGAAACGGAGGCAAUGAUGGCCCAGUCUCUGAACGGGCGAAGAUUUCUUGGAUCGGAGGUCAUGCUGAAAUGCAUCACCUUGACUCAGAUGCAAGAAUUUGGUAUUGAAAACAGCAGCAAACCCGAGAAGAAAUCUCCGAGCAAAUCGCCAAGAUACAGCGGUGAGCAGAAUUUCCUUAAUGACGGAAUGUAUCAGGACAAUUAUGACAUGAUGCCAGAUACCCAACACUAUGGUCCUGGAAAGAGUGGUCUAUUGGAUGAUUUUGAAAACCCAGAUGCUUAUGGACAGGGGCCCUGUGCUUCUGACGUACAACAGUAUGGACCAUCUGACCAACUAUUUAAUCAGCCUACUUGCGUCCGGUUGCUCAAUCUACCAUCUAAGAUAAGGGAUGAUGAAAUCUAUGACUUCUGCUACGGGUACAGAGUAAUUCCAGGGUCGGUCUCAUUGCAGUAUAAUAGGUUUGGAGCACCUACAGGUACUGCAACUGUUGUGUUUGAAAGCCACAGUGAGGCAGUCACUGCUGUCCAAGAAUUAGAUGGAAGACCCAUUGGUACAAGGAAAAUUAAUGUUGUGUUUGUGUAAAAUGAGAGACUCUGGGCAUUUUAUCAGACACUUAAUUGCAACGAUUUGUUUUGUUUUAUUAUUUUUUAUUUUUCAGAAACAUUUUAGAAAAGGUUGUAGUUAUUCUGGUAUAUGUGCUACUGUUUUAUAGUUAUUGGUGUUUAAAAUCAACGUUUUUCAUUCAACAUUCUCAUAGAAAAUUUUGUUCACAUGUUAGUGUGUGUCAUGAUUGAUAUUGACUGUUAAGCCACUAUAAUAAUAAUUUAAAAUGCUUACAUGGUAUUUUUCUUUUCUUUUUUUUUUGUUACUUGAUGCAUAAAAACAGAAACUGAACAUUUCCUAUUGUGAUUGGUAGGUUUUGUGCAUUAUAUGGUGAUGAUUUAUUUAAUUUUCCCAGGCAACAAAGUGUGUGUAAGAGUGUAAAAACCAAAUACAAAAACGAAGUACAAAGCCCAACUGGGAUGAUGAACAUCCUUUAAAUUGGGUUGGAAAACAAAUAUGACAACGUUCUGGUGGAAUUUACUGAACCUACUAAUGGAUAAGCAUUUUAUGAGCAUGCUUGAAUGGCCAUUACAAACAGGGACAGGUACGGACAGUGUGGAAUCUUCAACACUCAAAUGUAUUUAUACGUACACCCACUGAUCACUAUAAUGUAAUAACUUGCAAAAGCCCUUGCUCAUUCAUGCUGUUGUUUUUACUCAGCCAGUCAUACGGCAGUGGUGCAGUCGAAACAGCCGCGGAUGCAUUUUUUCAGACAAUGUUAUUCAGAGUUUAUACAAAAUGGUAUAAAAACAACGAGCAAAUGUUUUAUAUAUAUAUACAUACAUACAUACAUACAUACAGUGCACUGGUGUGAAAUUAUGGGUUGAUUGAGUUAUUGCAUGAAUGAGCAGGGGUUCAGGGUCGUCGUUUUAAGAGCCUGGUGAUUGUAGUUAGACAGAUGUACACAAGAUUUACCAAGUAACUUUGCUAAGACUCACACAGAAGUAAAACAUGUUUAAAAACUGGAUAAACUUAAUUCAACGGCCUCCUGAUCUAAUCCCUGGAGUGUUUGGGGACCUGUACAUGACCAGCAUCUUUAUCAGACCCCUGAGAGAGACACUGGUUUUUUUUUUUUUUUGUGAAGAGACUUAGUGCCAAAGAUGCAGUUACAUGCGUUCACGGCAUUUACUUUUGAUUUGAAUAUAUCCCCCCAUAUUCAUGGGGUAUAAGCGUGCAUUUAUGUUCGGUUUUGUUACAUUUAAGAUAAUUUACUACUGUAUGUAUAAUGCACUCAUUUACUAAUAUUAAUGGUUUGGUUUGUUGUUAUUAACAAACCCAUUCUUAUGUUGUUUUUUUUAAUACAAGUGCAAUGGCAUAAUUUUUAUAUUGCUGCAGUUCAGUAUUAUUAGAAUGCAUGAAAGUGUUUUAAUGAAGCAAAUACAGUGCAACCUCGAUACUCCUGAAGGUUAUGUUCCAGGACCCCCCUAGUUCUAGGAGUAACAAAAAAACUGCGGUUUUGCAGCCCAAAUAGGUGUACAGUGUAAUGUACCGUAUUGUGAACACAACAAAAAUUGUGAAUUGUCAAAAAAUGUUUUAUUUACUACUUUAAAUGAAAUAUUACAAUAAUAAAAGUACAAACUCUGUUUUGAACUUUCGACUUCUCGCAAACUAUCAUAUUUUUUCUCGAGUUACUCUCAGUCCAGUUCCAAAUGAAAAGUCGUGAACUGUCGAGGUCACGUGUAUCGAGGUUCCACUGUAAAUGGUCUACGGAUUAUAUGGAUGGUGACCCUCAAACAGUGGAGUAAAACUCUGGAUGUGUUAUAUUCUUUUUUUUUUUUUUUUCCAGACAUUGUUUCUUAUCUAGUGUGCCUGUUUUUUUUUUAAUCAAUCAAAAGAAUAAAAACUGUCACUCAAAGCCCAUGUUGUGUAUAAAUCAAUGUUUGCAAGGUACAGGAAACCCAAAUAUAAUAACAGGAGUUUUACAUAUUUUUAAUAAAGAUUUCAUAAACAUUU